UGCAACAGCUAGUCAACACCUAUCACACCUCACAUGACCUUGCAAGUUAUCAAAGUGAUAUGGUGCACAGGGCAUCGGCAAAAUUUAUGUGCAGCAGACGAGAGGGAGGCUGCCACAAACGUAGCAAAAAUUAAAAAAAAAAAACACUUCUGCGUCUGAGUCCAUCCUAUCAGCAGCUUUCUUCUGCAUUCUGGCGGAACACGAGCAGCAGCAGUGAGGAUGGGGAUCCUGGCACAGCUGAUUCUGUAUGGAGACAGCUUCAAGCAGAUGGUGGGGGUGCUGCAGUUCUCUAUGAGCUUCCUCUUUCUGGGUUGGAGCAGCAGCAUCAUCAUGGUGGCGAUGCUCUUCACCAGCUACUGGUACCUGCCGCUUCUCUACGCCACCUGGUACUACUACGACCGCCACACCCAGCUCAAGGGAGGACGACGUUCCGACACAGUCCGAAGAUGGCGCGUAUGGCGGUACUACCGCGACUACUUCCCCUACAAGCUCAUCAAGACCGCCGACUUGCCCGCCGACCGCAACUACAUCUUUGCGUGCCAUCCUCACGGCAUCAUGUGCUUCGCACCUUUCCUCACCUUCUCAACGGAGGCUUCAGGAUUCACUGAAAUUUUUCCUGGCCUAACACCCUACCUGCUGACGUCAAGCACGUUGCACAAGUACCCGCUUUUCCGAGAGUACUUCAUGCUGUCAGGUGCUGUUGACGCUUCAAAGGAGAGUUUCAAGCACCUGCUGACGUGUCAAGACAGCGGUCAAGCUCUGGGGCUCGUGGUUGGCGGGGCAGCAGAAGCCCUGGAAGCAGCCCCUGGUCGCUUUCUGGUGAAACUGGAAGACCGCAAGGGCUUCAUCAAAAUGGCCUUGAAAUACGGGGCUUCGAUAGUUCCAGUCUAUAGCUUUGGUGAAGAAGAGCUCUUCAAGCUGCUGGACAGGCCUGAAGGAUCCUGGAUCACUCGCUUUCAGAGGCUGGUUACUAAAAUCUUCCGAAUUUCGCUUCCAGUUUUCUAUGGGAGAGCCAUCGGUCUGUACAUGGUGCCCUUCAAAGAGCCCAUCUUUACUGUCGUGGGGGAACCUAUUCACGUGCAGAAGGUGGAAAAGCCCUCGCCCGAGCUUGUGGAUGAAUUGCACGCCAGGUACCGGAAAGCUCUCGAAGACCUCUUUGAAACCCACAAAUACCUGAGGAACAUACCUGCCGAGCAACACCUGAACAUAAAAUAGGAUACCGUUCACUUGUUGCCUGGGAAGAUUCAUGUCAUCAGAUUGCUGUGAAAGAUCCCCGUAAGAAAUGUUAACUUUAAUGUUCCGGUCAUCGACCCCUGCAACUGGUGCGUUGGUGACACCGUACAUCUUCGUGUCAUUUGAACAGUCAAAGAGUUAAUUGUAUCUGCACCGCACCUAAACUGUUAAUUUUGGGGAUUAUUUUAUUUACCCAUGCUGUCUUGCAAGACGACACAUAACAUUUUAUUUUUCUAAGAAAGGUGUAACAGCACGUAUGUUUUAGUUAUUCGACCCAAUUCUGAGUGAAUUGCUACUGACUUCCGCUCUGGUACCUGCAGACAUCCGUGUCUUCAUCAUCGAGAAGUCAAACCAUACCUUUAUGAUGCAUCCGUGCAGGUUUUGAAAGGCUGGUAUCUCGAGAAUAGGUUAUUCACUCACACUUGAAUGUUUUAUGCUUUGUAUUGAGCUGAACCCUGUCACUUAAAUGAAAAACAAUUUAUCUAAAUCUUCAAAAGUCUUUUUUGGCUGACAGUUGACUAAGAAAAUAUGUGGUUACGAUAAAACUUAUUUUAAACCAAUUUUUAUGUGAAAUGUUUUUCUCCUCAAAUUUUAGGAUCGACUUUGCACUUUUGCAUGCAUUAUAUAAAUAUAUAAAUUGCAUUUUUAUAAUUAUGAAUGUAGUUGUUCACACAUAGUGGUUAUGUACACAAAUAUACAUGGCCAUGUACACCACUACACUCAUACACACGCACACUUACCAAGGACUGAAAAAAUUACAUGAAAAUUUAAUCAAUCUGAAUUUAUAUAGUGACACUGAUAUCAAUUAAUAGAAAACCACAUAGUUAUAUCAUCCUUGUUAAUGGACAAAUAGCAGCCAUAGAACAUUCUAUUGGAAACAGGUACUGUGCACUCUGCUCCAUGGUCAGGUAACAAUGUCAGCCAAGAAUGAUGAACCAAGCAACAAGUCAUUAUGACCAAAAUCCUGGAUGCCUUGUUCUUAAAUCACUUGUCACCUCUCAUUUUGUCUAAAAUGUUUUAAGCAUUUUACAUGGUUGGAGUUGAGAAAAGGGAAGAAUGGCCAUUAAACUGCACAAAUUCUGUAGUUGUGACAAACUUA